ACUCUUGCGCAGGACCCAGAAGCCAGCGAACGGCCCAUGAUGAGCCUGACUCAGAAUCUGCGGGAGACGAUCCAGUGCUUCAGCCGUGUCCGCAAUUUUAAUAGAGUUUUGGAAAAGGUAUUAGAGGCGAAGCUGCAGCUUGUGAUGAAGGGAGAGGAGGUGACUCCUGUCUCUGCUGCUCCUGGGAAAGUGAUUUGUGAACUAAAAGUAGAAGAAGAGCAUACCAAUACGUUCGGCACUGCCCAUGGAGGGUUGAUAGCCACCUUAGUGGACAUCAUAUCAACAAUAGCUCUGCUACAGACAGAAAGGGGAUCACCUGGCGUCAGUGUUGAUAUGAACAUCACGUACAUGUCACCUGCUAAAUUAGGAGACGAGAUAGUGAUUACAGCACAUGUUUUGAAGCAAGGAAAAAUACUUGGAUUUGCUUCUGUGGAUCUGACCAACAAAGCCACAGGAAAAUUAAUAGCCCAAGGGAGACAAACAAAAUACCUGGGAAACUGAGAAGACAACAGUAUGACUUAAAGAAACCCAACAAGGAAUAUCAGGUGUAGAUUCGACUUGAACAAAUGCAAUUUUCAAAAUAAAUUAGCACGACCAGAAGUA